GGCUUCAUUCCUUUAUUCCCCCCGCCCCCCACGAGCUGCUGAGAAGCAGCGUGGGUUGCUGCGUGGCGUCACUGUGCAGCAGAAGCCCUGCCCCUGGGCUCCUCUCCUUGAGCCUGGAGGAGAGAGGGGGCCAGGGCACAGCAUAAGCCACAGAGCCUCAGGCACAGGAUGGCCCGUGCCUCCAUUUCUUUCCAGGGCUCCCAGAUCUCACUCCAUAGGUCUCGGGGCAGAGAGACUAGGCUGGCCCUGAGGCUCAGUACCAGGGGUUUCUGCUGAAGGUUUUCAGGCUGCCGUUUUGUUUGAGGCUGAAGCAACAGGUGGUGCACCCAGAGAGAAGAGGAAGUCAAGCCAUACUGCAGAGCUCCCUUGGAUGAAGGACGAGCAAAGAGACGGGAGAAAGAGUAGAAGUAUUGACGUUGAGACACCCCACGAAGGAUCAUUUGCUUUCUAUGAGCCUGCCUAGCUCCUCCCGCUGAAGAUGUCGUCCAGCGAUAAGAACGGGGGCAGCCGCUCCAGCAGCAGCAGCAGCCGCCUGCAGAGCAAGAAGCCCCCCAACCUCUCCAUCACGAUUCCACCAGUGCCGGCAGAAGACGACAGCAGCCUGAAAGUGCCUCUCAAAGUCCCAGUGUAUCAGAAGAGUGUGAGCCUGCAAGAACCCAGAGGGAGGAGAGAUGACAGUCCCUUGGAGAGGCGGCCUGGCUUCCGCAGACAGACCUCCCUGUCCCAGAGCAUUCGCAGGGGGACGGCAGAUUGGUUUGGUGUCAGUGGCGACUGGGAAGGAAAGCGACAACACUGGCAACGCAAGAGCCUGCAGCACUGCAGCCUGAGGUAUGGCAAGCUCAAGGCCCCUUACCGCGACUUGGAGCUCCCCAGCCAGGAGGUGCCCUCCUUCCAAGGCACUGAGUCACCAAAGCCAUCUAAGAUGCCCAAGAUUGUAGAUCCCUUGGCCAGGGGCCGCCCGUUUCGGCAUCCAGAUGAAGUUGAUCGUCCUCGGACCCCUCACCCGGUUCUACCACCCUUGACCCCAGGAGUCAUGUCUUUGGCAUCAUUCAACAGCGUACGGUCGGGCUAUGCGCGUUUGCCCCGAAGGAAGAGGCAAUCUGUCGCUCGCAUGAGCUUCAGGGCAGCUGCAGCUCUAAUCAAAGGGCGUUCUGCAUUGGAGCCCUUGGCACCGAAACAAAGAACUACCAAACGGAGCUUCAUGUAUCCCAGCUUCCUGGAUGAGGAUGUAGUGGAUGCAGCAGACACACUGGACUCCUCCUUCUUCAGUAAGAUGGAGAUGCACGAUGAGAUGUAUUCCAUGCCAGAUGAUGUCUUUGAAUCACCACCCCUCUCGGCCAACUACUUGCGAAUGCAGCAUGUGGGAGAAGAAGCCCGAUCCCUCGAGGUGGAGCAGCCAUUUCAGAAGGAAGGUGUGAAGGUCUGGGGGCCAACUGCUAGUGAGGCCAAAAGGGGCAAACGGAUUGCUUCCAAAGUGAAACACUUCGCCUUCGACCGCAAGAAGCGAUACUACGGGCUGGGGGUGGUCGGCAAGUGGCUGAACAGGACGUAUCGCCGCAGCCUCAGCAGCAUGGUGCAGUCUCAGCUGGAGAACACUGACAGUCAUAGGCCAUACUUCACCUAUUGGAUCACCUUUGUGCAUAUCAUCAUCACCCUGCUGGUUAUAUGUACCUAUGGGAUUGCGCCCAUUGGCUUCGCCCAGCAUGUGAAGACAGAGUUAGUGCUGAGAAACAAGGGGGUGUAUGAGAGCGUGAAGUACAUUCAGCAGGAGAACUUCUGGAUCGGCCCAAGCUCGAUUGACCUGAUUCACCUGGGAGCCAAGUUCUCCCCAUGCAUCCGGAAGGACCACCAGGUGGAGAAGCUUGUUCAACGUGAGAGGGACCGCGAGCGCAACUCAGGCUGCUGCAUCCAAAAUGACAACUCGGGGUGCAUCCAGACCCUGCGGAAGGAUUGCUCAGAGACACUGGCAACUUUCAUAAAGUGGCCAGAUGCCAACCCUCCAGCCAUUACCAGCAACUCCAGCCAGAAGCGAACAUCGGGGGCUGUGUGCCAUCAGGACCCCAGGACAUGUGAGGAGCCAGCAUCCAACCCCCCUCACGUCUGGCCGGACGACAUUACCAAGUGGCCGAUUUGUACCUAUCAGAUUAAAACCAACUAUACUGGCUUUCUGCACAUGGACUGUGAAAUCAAAGGCAGGCCUUGCUGCAUUGGCACCAAAGGCAGCUGCGAGAUCACAACGAGGGAAUACUGUGAGUUCAUGCACGGCUACUUCCACGAAGAGGCGACUCUUUGCUCACAGGUCCACUGUCUGGAUAAGGUGUGUGGCCUUCUGCCCUUCUUGAACCCAGAAGUCCCUGACCAGUUCUACAGACUCUGGCUGUCCCUGUUUCUGCAUGCAGGGAUUGUCCACUGCCUGGUGUCAGUGAUUUUCCAGAUGACUAUACUCAGGGACCUGGAGAAGCUGGCGGGCUGGCACAGGAUCUCCAUCAUUUUCAUCCUCAGUGGUAUCACGGGCAACCUGGCUAGUGCCGUCUUCCUUCCGUACCGGGCAGAGGUUGGCCCAGCAGGAUCCCAGUUUGGUUUGCUAGCUUGCCUCUUCGUAGAGCUCUUCCAGAGCUGGCAGGUCCUGGAGAAGCCUUGGAAAGCUUUUCUGAACCUCUCUGGGAUUGUCCUCUUUCUCUUUGUUUGUGGUCUCCUGCCCUGGAUAGACAACAUUGCACAUAUAUUUGGCUUCCUCAGUGGCCUCUUGCUGUCCUUUGCCUUCCUCCCCUACAUCACCUUCGGCACCAUGGACAAGUACCGCAAGCGGGUCAUGAUCAUCGUCUCCCUGGUGGUGUUCACAGGGCUUUUUGCCUCCUUGGCUGUCUGGCUCUAUGUGUACCCCAUCAACUGGCACUGGAUCGAGCAUCUCACCUGCCUGCCCUUCACCAACAAGUUCUGUGAGAAGUAUGACCUGGACCAGGUGUUGCAUUGACCCCCAGGAUGGGGCAGAGAUUUCUUUUUUAACAGGAAAUUUGGAACCAAGUGGGUUUUAAUGGUGACUGGGUUGCAACUUCAGGUCAGAACAUAACUAAGAUGGAAAGAGCGGUGCCUCCAAGUGCCCUGGCCUUCCUGCCUGCCAUAUGGAACUGUGCAAGACAUUUGCUCCUGGUACAGGACUCCCUUCGAGCUUUACCUGUCCCUUAGCAGUUGUACAGACUGCUAGGCAGGUGCUGUUAUUCUAGGGGGUGGGAAAGCAGGGAAGUGGGGCUGUGCUCUUGGUUAAAAUGCUGGAGGUAGGGAGGUGUGGAUCUGCACUUGUUCAGAACCAUGUGGGACAUCCAGCACCAAAAAGCCAUAAUCACCAGGCCUGGAGCCCAGCACGUCUGCUGGAGGGUUGAGAAUAGCUGGGGUGGAUUUUGGUGCUUUUGUUCCCAAGUGGGGAAAUACCUUGUGCCCCAGACUAUGCUUUCAGCCAUGGGAGAUUUGCUCCUGAGGACUACUAUGUAGAACAGCCCUAACCAGCUCUUCUGAUUUUCCCCCCCAACACCCUUGGUGGAGGCUUCAGUGAUGGAUCCUUCUGGCGUGGACUUGCUGGAUCCUUCCUCCUGAAACUGAAUCCCCAUGGCAGAGGUGUUUCAGGGCUGGCUUUGAAAGCACCUUUCUGACCAGAUGUCCAUAUCUGGGCCAUCAGCAAACUGCCUUUUUUUUUUUUUUAAUCUGCUGCAUGUUUGGCCCUGGUCUCCUUGACCUGCAGCCCUCUCCUCUUAGUUCUUCUCAUGCCUCAUGGCAUGAGAUGGGAGCUCCAGAAUUUGUAGCAACAUACCCUGCCACGGUGCCUUGCAGGUACUGUGAAUCGUACUGUGAACUCUUUGCCCCAUUUUGCAGGGGGUACUUUUUAUAUGCAGAUAUAUUUCUUACAUCAUAACACUGUAGGGGAAAACUGAUCAGCCAUAAUGCCUGAACUCGCUGCUGUCUUGGGUACAAGACUGGGAAUUCUCACGUGGCCUUUAGGAAUAGCAGUCGCUGUUCUAGCAGCCCCGUUGAAGGAACAAAGCUGUUGCACGAUUCUAGGGGUUGGCAUUUUUAGUGACACAUUGCAAGCUGACGCAGAGUCAGUCUGAAGAGAUCUGCUUCCCCCUUUUGAAUAGGCUUUUAGAAACCAGAUUGUGGGAUGGCUGUUCCUGUCGCAGGAAACUCUAAUUUAAAAAAAAAAAAAAAAAAAAAGACUUGAGGUCACUCAUUCCAGUGACAUUAGGAAUCUGACUUUCAGAGGUGCUUCUGAUUACAUGUCCUGGGUUGGGGGGUAAUUUGCCACCUUUCCUUAAGUUGAGAAGUGAUUUGCUGUGCAGGGAACUCCACCAAAAUCAGAUUGAGUGAAGGGACCACGCGGUUUGAGGAAGGGAAGGAGAAUCCGAUGCACAGCAAAGCUUAGCUUCUUUAGUCCUGAUCUUCUUCAUCAGACUGGCUGAUGAGUAACUUCCUCUUUAAUCGUUAAAGCAUCUCUCCUUUUAAAACUAUUUGCUCCUUGGAGUUUGAUGCAGUGAAUAGAAUUAUUUUUAUUAUGGUGGAGUUUCUUUUUAAACAGAGAUGCAGGGUACGCCAGGAUGCUGGACUUACCUCCAUUACAAUCUUGGUACCAAAGUUAAGUCCCACCCCCUCAAAAUACACACACUGAUGUAUUGUAGAAAAUGAACUAACGAAAUAGUGCAGGGCUGACAGCUCUGCACCUGUUUCACUCCAAGGCUGAAGGCCUAGGGUUAGUCACUACUGGUUGGAAACUCAUUUUGCCCCAGACUACUGGAAUUCUGGAUUUCUCCUCAUUGUCCUCCAGGCCAUUCGCUUGGCAGGACUCAGAGUGCUUACCCCACCUUCGUAGCUUGAAAGAAAUAAAGGGGUAAGUUAGGGGUGAAGGGGGAACGACAGGAUCCCUAUCCUGUGCAAAAAUCCUGGUUGCGAUGGACAGAAAAGUGCAUCAACACCAGAUGUUCAUUAUUUUUCUUCAUCUCUUUUAUAGCCCAAGUGCCCCAACUUUCUGGUUAUCACGGCAUAACAGAUCUUAUCCUGUAUGGUUUAAUGGCCUGUUCUAUAUGUUAAUUAAUUUCAUUUGAACGAGCUGCAUCAACCAAAACUGAAUUUCCUGGUAACCACGAGGCUUGGAUCUCUUCCUGGUAACCACGAGGUUUGGGAAGAGUAACAAAGCAGGCUAGCUGCAUGCAGUACUUGGAACGUGUUGAUACUGUAGUUACUGCUUGGUUACUUGGAAGAGUUUCGCUAAUUUGCUAUCUCUUUUUAAAGUCCAUUUGAAUCAAGUUGUUGGUUGCUUUUUUUUUUUAAGAGACAUCCUCAAUAAAUAAAAUGAUUCCCUCUGA